AUGCUCAGCUUGUUGCGCACGUCUUCUUGUGCUACCCGAAGGACGCUAGCCGCUCCUUCUUGGCGCGCUCGCCGUAGCUUAGCCACCGUCACCAACGAUUUGACUUUCCAACCUCGAGCGAACAAUCAGACGGUCGUCUCGACAGACGGUCAGCCGGCUAGCCUGCACCUCAAGACAGGUCAGAGCUUCCAUGGCAAAUCCUUUGGCGCGCCCAAGUCUGCCUUUGGGGAGACCGUCUUCAGCACAAGUAUCACAUCCUAUACAGAGUCGAUGACGGACCCGUCCUACCGUGCUCAACUGCUCGUCUUCACCACGCCGCUCAUCGGCAACUAUGGCGUGCCCAAGAAUGUCGCGCCCAGUCACGAUAGGGGCCCGAACAUGCUCCUCGAAGCACCGGGCGUACAGUGCGCAGGCGUCAUCGUCGCCGAUCUGGCGCUCAAGUACUCGCACUACCAAGCAGUAGAGAGCUUGUCCGAGUGGUGCCUUCGCUGGGGCGUACCCGGCAUCACCGGCGUCGAUACUCGCGCAAUCACUUGCUUGCUACGUGAUCAAGGUACCACGCUCGGUCAGCUAGCGAUCGGCGCAGACAGUCACAUCCCUCCUGCUAGUCCGGAGGAUUUCUGGGACCCCGCAAAGGAGAAUCUGGUCGCCCAGGUCUCGACUCGAGAGGCCUACACGCUCAAUCCAGAGGGCGACGUCCAUAUUGCUCUGCUUGAUUAUGGCGCCAAGGCCAAUAUUGCUCGCUCGCUCGUCAAGAGGGGCGCCAAAGUCACUGUCUUGCCUUGGAACACCGACGUGUGGGCCAUCAAGGAUCAGUUCGAUGGUCUCUUCCUCUCCAACGGUCCGGGCGAUCCCGGUCACUGCAUGGAAUCUGUGCAUCACGUCCGCAAGAUGAUCCAAGAUUGGAACAAGCCCAUUUUUGGCAUCUGCAUGGGCAACCAGAUCAUUGGAUUGUCUGCCGGUCUCGAAGCCUACCGCAUGCGAUUUGGCAAUCGAGGACACAAUCAGCCCGCGCUCGCACUGGCCAAUCAUCGCAGCAUCAAAGCCGGACGCAUCUACGUGACAUCUCAGAAUCAUCAAUACGCUCUCAGGCUCGUAGAUCCCUUCCCAGAUGGCUGGGAGCCAUGGUUCAUCAAUGCCAAUGCAGAUUCUUCGGUGGAAGGCGUGCGAUCAAAGGACGGCCGAGUUGCUUGCGUCCAGUUCCAUCCUGAAUCAGCAGGCGGUCCUCUAGACACGAUCGAGAUGUUCACCGACUUUUUGACCGAUUGCCGAGCUGCCAAGUCGGCCUCUGGUCAGCCUGCGCUCAAAUCUCGUUCAUCUCGCGCCGCACAAGCGUCGUUGUAA